AAUUCUGAGGAUGUCCGAUGUAAAUGCAUCUGUCCUCCUUACAAAGACCAUUCCGGCAAUAUUUACAACAAAAAUGUUUCACAGAAAGACUGUGAUUGUCUGCAUGUGGUUGAGCCUAUGCCUGUCCCUGGACCUGAUGUAGAAGCAUACUGUUUACGUUGUGAAUGCAAAUAUGAAGAGAGAAGCUCUGUCACAAUUAAGGUUACAAUCAUCAUAUACCUGUCUAUUUUGGGCCUACUUCUUCUGUACAUGGUGUACCUUACACUGGUGGAACCUAUACUGAAGAGACGUCUUUUUGGACAUUCACAGCUCAUACAAAGUGAUGAAGACAUUGGGGAUCACCAGCCUUUUGCAAAUGCACAUGAUGUGCUGGCUCGUUCUCGGAGCCGCGCCAAUGUAUUGAACAAAGUGGAGUAUGCCCAGCAGCGUUGGAAGUUACAGGUCCAAGAGCAACGCAAAUCUGUAUUUGACCGUCAUGUUGUGCUGAGUUAAUUGUGUCUCAGUAAAAUAAUUCUGGGGAGGUAAAGUGGACUAAUUUAAAGAGCUGACUUACGUCUUCCUGCCAAUUCAGAAGGGUUUUCUUGAAUGGUUCAUUAUUGAUUUUUAAAAAAAUGAAGAAA